GCGCGUUCAGGGGAUCCUUGUUCAUCUGAUGAAACAGGUUCUGUGACCGGCAACGUCGUUCCUUGUCUCGUCUCGUGUAUUCUUCUUUUUUAUUGUAACAUUUUACAUUUUCUUUGUUUACAUUCUUUCUUUCAACGUCAUCAUCAAAAAUGCACAGCUCUACUACACUUCUUCUACUCGCUACUGCUACAGUCAAUGCCAUUGGCAUACGCGACGACUGUAAAGACGUGCACAUCUUUCUCGCCAAGGGAAACAAUGAACCCUACCCAGGACGACAGGGAAAACUCGCCGGUGCUAUCUGCAGUGGUUUGAAGAGCUGCGACUAUGAGGAUAUCCAGUUCCAGAAUGCUCUAGAAGAUCCAUUCUGCGAUUCCGUCACAGAGGGUGUGAAGAAUGGUAUCAAGCAGAUCACAGCGUACAACAAGAAAUGUCCAGACUCUAAACUCGUCGUGAGCGGCUACUCACAGGGCGGCCAAGUCGUCGGCGAUAUCCUCGGCGGCGGAGGCGGUGUAUUCUUCCAGAACUGCGUGGAACCUGAUCUACAGGGCCUGAAUCCCAAGACACUACCUGGUAGCAAGAUCGUUGCUGCGAUGGUGUUUGGCGAUACACGACAUACCAAGGAUCAGCCGUUCAAUGUUCUCUCUGGCGCGGGAAAGAAUGGCUUGUUUCCUAGACCGGCGGGCAUGUUGCAGAAUCUGGCGAGUUAUGGGGAUGUUUUUAGGAAUUACUGUGUUGAGACGGAUCCGAUUUGUGCGCAGGGUGAUGAGGUCGAGACACAUCUUAAUUACUUUGAUGUUUUUACUGAUGAUGUUGCUGAGUGGGUGAAGGAGAGGAUUGGGGAGGAUGCAACUACGACGACGGCUGCGACAAAGACGAGUACAAAGGCGAAGAGUACGGCGAAGGAGACAAGUACAAAGGAUGCGGAGACUGAGUCAACUACUGAAGCUGCUUCAACAACAAAGGAUGCUUCAAAGGACUCAACAACAAAGGACACUACCACUGCUGCUGCGUCUACCACAGCGGAUUCAAGCUCUACUACAGACGCAAGCUCAGCUGAAGGUCGAGCUACAGCCGGCGAAGCAUCAUCAGGCGCCGCUGCGCCAUCAUCGACUGAUAACGCAGCCACGUCAAAGGGUGCAUCUCUAAUGGGGAUGAUAAUCGGCGUCGCAGCUCUUUUGGCAAUCUAAUGCAUAUGAAGCGAUAGACAUUUGUAAUUGGAUAUAGAAGACGAGUAAUUAUAAUAAUAAAUCUCUAAUCAUUAUCUACUUAU